GACGGUGUCGAAGCCUGAGGCGGCCGUGGCGGUAGCGGCGGCGGCGUUGGACACGGCGGCGGGGGUGACUCGGUGUGGCUGUCAGGGCGUAUAACGAACUUUAAACUUCAUUGAACAAAGCAAAGAUGGGUGAAAAGAAACCAGAGCCUUUGGACUUUGUGAAAGAUUUUCAGGAAUACCUGACUCAGCAGACCCACCAUGUGAACAUGAUUUCUGGAUCGGUUAGUGGGGACAAAGAAGCAGAGGCUCUUCAGGGAGCUGGACCAGAUGGUGAUCAAAAUGGACUGGAUCACCCCUCUGUUGAGGUUUCCCUGGAUGAAAACUCAGGAAUGUUAGUAGACGGGUUUGAAAGGACCUUUGAUGGGAAGCUCAAGUGUCGGUACUGCAACUAUGCCAGCAAAGGAACAGCACGGCUCAUUGAACAUAUUAGAAUUCAUACAGGUGAGAAGCCUCAUAGAUGUCAUUUAUGCCCAUUUGCAUCUGCUUAUGAGCGUCAUCUGGAAGCCCAUAUGCGUUCCCAUACAGGGGAGAAACCAUACAAAUGUGAAUUGUGUUCCUUUCGCUGUAGCGAUCGAAGCAAUCUUUCCCAUCAUCGAAGGCGCAAGCAUAAAAUGGUACCAAUUAAAGGUACUAGGUCUUCCUUGAGCAACAAGAAAAUGUGGGGAGUUUUACAGAAAAAAACAAGCAAUCUGGGGUAUAGCAGAAGAGCCCUUAUUAACUUAAGUCCGCCUUCCAUGGUGGUUCAGAAGCCAGACUACCUUAAUGAUUUUACCCAUGAAAUCCCAAACAUCCAGACUGACUCCUAUGAAAGCAUGGCAAAAACCACACCAACUGGUGGCCUGCCAAGAGACCCUCAAGAACUUAUGGUUGACAACCCUUUAAAUCAGCUCUCCACCCUAGCAGGACAGUUGUCCAGUUUGCCACCUGAAAACCAAAACCCUGCAUCCCCUGAUGUGGUUCCUUGCCCUGAUGAAAAGCCUUUCAUGAUUCAGCAGCCCUCUGCCCAAGCAGUAGUUUCUGCUGUAUCAGCAACUAUUCCUCAGAGCUCCUCUCCCACAAGCCCUGAGCCAAGGCCAUCACAUAGUCAGAGGAACUACAGUCCAGUGGCAGGGCCGAGCAGUGAACCCAGUGCCCACACCAGUACUCCCAGCAUAGGAAACAGCCAGCCAAGUACUCCAGCCCCAACGCUGCCAGUCCAGGAUCCUCAGCUUCUGCACCACUGCCAGCACUGUGACAUGUACUUUGCAGACAAUAUCCUUUACACUAUUCAUAUGGGAUGUCAUGGCUACGAGAAUCCUUUCCAGUGUAAUAUAUGUGGAUGCAAAUGUAAAAACAAGUACGAUUUUGCCUGCCACUUUGCAAGAGGGCAACAUAACCAACACUGAAAACAGUCACAUGGACUUGCUUUGGCUGUUUGGGGCUUUGUAGUUUGGUUUUUGUUUUUGGUCAUCCCUAAUAAGGUGUGUGCUAACUUAAAGUUUAUCCGUUAUAAAAUAUAAAUUUAAUGAUAGAAAAUUUUUUUCAUAAAAAAAUCUGGUCAGGGUUAUUUAUGUUAUUAGAACAAUUAGGACACAUUGAUAACUAUUUUUCCUUUCAUUUAGAUAUGUGAGGAUUGAAGUACAAUCAUAAUUCUAACACGUGUUCAUUUACGUUUCCCACACUUAGGUCCAUAAAGAUGUCAAGGUUUUCCAUGCUCUUGAUACUUCAGUAUACACAUGACAGCUAAAUGCUAUUUCUACCAUAUUUCAAAGUAGCAGAAAAAGAUAUUUUUUCUUAAAAAUCGGUCACAAUGUGUUUGUGUUUGUAGAGAAAUGCCUUUAAAUUGCUUUUAAUUGAAGUAUUAUUUAGUUCACAUAUCUUAAAGUUGAAUCAGUUUCAUUUCAACUGAUAAGAAUAAAGAAAGCCCUUUCAGUAUAGUAAAUCCUUUUUCCUACAAGGGGAUAUAUGAAACAAUUCUUUUAAAGUUAUAAAUACAGGUGAAAGUUCGGAAAAGAAACUAAAGACUUAAAUUGGAAAUUGUGUUUACUAUUUAAGUUCAGUGUCUAGUUUAAACAUGUUAGUUUUUCACUGCAUUUUUUUCCUACUUCCGAUUUUUUUUAACUACAGGUAAAUACACUAGAGUGUGGAUGAUUUUCUUUCUUUUCAGACUAAAUCUAUGUUUUAAGUUUAUUCUGCCAUUAGUGUCAAGUGAAAUUGAUAACUGUAGUGAGAGUCUGUUACUCUUCCUAUUCCUUUGAUGACCAAAGAGGUGCAGUGCAGUGAUCCACCCUGCUAAGACGCAGCCCUCCGGAGAAAUCUCCAAAGUAUCCUUUUCCUUGCCUUGUAUCCAUUUAUUGCCUGUAACUGCCUAGAAAAGGUAGUUAUAGAAACACUUGGGAAAUGUGAGGAAAUAUUUACAAAACCCAGAUCCUGGUCUUCUCUCCAGAGUUGGCCAUUUAAAAUAGUUUCUGUGAAUUCCAAAUGUAAAAGUCUUCAUGUGAAGUGACAGUACUAUAUGGAAACUGUGAUUGAAUUGUCGCCUUAGUAGGAAGGAUAAGAGGUGUGACCGUGGAUAUAAAACACAUUUAAACACAUUUGUUUAUAGAAGUAAUACUCGCUAAAUAGAUUUAGAAUAAUUCAUUUUGAAUAGGAGGGUAUUGUUUUUUAUAUUGUAUAAUAAAUAACUAGCUUACUCUGAAGAGCUUGGUCAAACAAUAAAAUAUUGUUACUGUUGGUUUCUUUGUACUCUGCAAAAAUUUUGUUUGUUUCUUCUGUUGAAAAUACUAAUUGGCUUCUCUUAAAAAAUACCUUGUUAAGCAUUUUUUUUAAACCAAAAAUGAUCCCCUACUCUUAUAGUAAGAAAAACACAUGAUAUCUGGCCAUAAAAAGCCCAAGUGCCAAGUUCAGGAGUCCUCUGCCCUUCCUCCCAAUGCCAGAAAGCCAUUAAAAGGAGUGCUUGUGUUGAGUGCUUAUCUCAAGGGCACCGUUGAACUACAGUUCUCCUCUCAGAUCUCCCAACCCUAAAAUUGUGCAGUUGAAAGUUGUGCAGUUUGUUUCCGUCUUACUUCAAUCACUCACGGCCCAGAUUAGUUGCAACAGUCUCCGAAUGCAUACCUUGACUGGUAUUUAUCAAUUUUUGGAAAGAAACAGGUUGUCAUUUGGAAGCUUUUGUGAUUAUUUUUCUUCUAUUUCAUUCAAAUAAAAGCAGUACCCCAGAAUAGAAAAUGAAAAAGUUCAUUAAAAAAGAAGGAAGAAGCAGGGUGGUGGUGCAUGCCUCCCGUCUCAGCUAUUCAGGCGGUGAGGCAAGAGGCUAGCGGUAGCCCAGCAGUUCAAAGCCAGCCUGGGCAACAGAGCAUUCAAGAACCCUGUCUCAAACACAAGACAAAAUUGGAAGAACUCUCCUUAAAACCGGCUUUAUUAACUGUCUAUUCUGGGCCAAACAGUGACAAGUACAUUUUCCCUAAAACUGAAAAUGAAUGUUUUGAAGAUUCACUUUAAAGAUGGAAAAGACUUGUUUUUCUCUCUAAUUAAAUGAGGAUGAAGAACUGUAAUUUUCCUCUUAAGUUAAAGAGCACAGUUGGUAUCCCAAAGGUGUUGAUGCUUACAGGUUAUAAUUGUAAAUGCACUAAAUUUUCUGAAGUUAAUCUACCUUUGAAACUUUUUUGGAACUUUUAAGAAGAUUUAGAUUUUAUUUAAAUUUCCUGAGUUAAUUUCUGUAUUUGGGAAGAUAUUAGGAUCUUCCUUACAGGUUGAAUAUGUUCCUCUCAUUUUAUUUUUCCUCAAAUAUUUUAUAGAAAUGAGUUAGGAAAAGUUUAACAUGCACUAUUUAUAGUACUUUGCCAUUAACAGGCAAUGUUCUGAAACUAAAUUUAUUUUUGUUCAGUGAACAUAUAAGUUUAGAUUUUUAAGGUUGGUAGAUAAUUUAUCUCCACUAAUAUUUUUUUAAGAAACUGUGAAGAGAUUAACAGGGAAUAAUUUUAUUUCAGAUUUUACUAAUGUAAUAUAACUACAACUUCUUGAAAUUCAAGUGAAGGCUAGACUUUUACUUUGAAAAAUUCCAUUGGGUAUUUCCAAUGCUAUUUCAUUUUAGAAAUAAGUGUUUACCACUCAUCUGCAGAAUUGUUUGACAAAGGGAAUUACUAAAAUAUAAAAUAAACUUCAAGUUUUAUAAAAAUAUUUGUCAAAUGAAUGAAUUAUUUAAAAAAAUUAAAUAUUGCUAAAAACUUAAAUUCCCUGCUAAAGACGUUUUCAUUAGUCAUAGAGGGUGAACACUUUCCAGAACUUCUUUCGUUAAUACGUACUUUAAGAACAUAUUUUGUAUGCAAUGCAUAAGUCUUGCAUUAUGGUUGUAAAAUACACUAUAUUGUUUAGGGGGUCCAGAAAGCAGUUUAAUGCUGAAAUAACUAUGGUAUGUAGUUCAUAUUGUGAAUGAAGCUUUGCUUUUGUAAUAUAUAAAUAAAAAAAUAACACUUUGUAUGA